AUGGUUCCACGAAACGAAAUAUCUCCGCAAAUGGACCAUUAUAUUGGUAUCGAUGUCGGCACUGGGAGUGCUAGAGCAUGCAUCAUCGAUAACAAGGGUGACAUUGUAGGCUUAGCCUCAGAAAACAUUGGCUUGUGGCAGCCACAGCAGGGGUACUAUGAGCAAUCUACAAGUGAUAUCUGGCGCUGCAUCUGUCUCUCCGUGCAGCGUGCCAUUAGCCAGCAAAAUAUCAACCCCGCCUCAGUGCGCGGCAUUGGCUUCGAUGCAACCUGCUCUCUAGCAGUCUUCUCUCAUGACGAUGAUGAGCCUGUCUCCAUUACUGGCCCCAACUUCGACACAGAUCGCAACGUCAUUCUCUGGCUUGACCAUCGUCCCGUCGCAGAGACGGAGAAAAUCAAUGACACGAAUCACAAUCUCCUCCGCUAUGUCGGCGGGAAGAUGUCCAUUGAAAUGGAAAUCCCCAAGGUGCUGUGGCUUAAAAAUAACAUGUCUAAGCAGCUCUUCGACCGUUGCAAGUUCUACGACUUGCCUGAUGCCUUGACCCACUUAGCUACGGGUAAUGAGAAGAGGAGUUUCUGUAGCGUCGUCUGCAAACAGGGCUAUGUUCCUGUGGGUGUUGAUGGCAGCGUCAAGGGCUGGCAACCUGAUUUCUUGAGUGAGAUUGGAUUGGAGGAGUUGGCAGAGGAUAAUUUUAAACGCAUUGGAGGUGUCAACGGCGAAAAUGGAGAAUACCUCUCUGCUGGAGAGCUAGUGGGCACACUCUGCGACAAAGCAGCCUCACAACUAGGCCUGCCCGCCGGGAUCGCCGUAGGAAGCGGUGUCAUCGACGCAUAUGCCGGCUGGAUAGGCACCGUCGGUGCCAAAGUCGUUCUCGGAUCUGACCAACGGAGCUCCGAAGCAGCCAAGAAUGACAAGUCACAAGCCUUCAGCCGCCUCGCCGCUGUCGCCGGUACAUCAACCUGUCAUCUUGCCAUGUCACCAAACCCCGUCUUCGUCUCCGGGGUCUGGGGUCCGUACCGCGACACCAUCAUCCCAGGCUUCUGGAUGGCUGAAGGCGGCCAGUCUGCCACGGGCGAGCUGCUCAAGCACGUCAUUGAGACGCAUCCAGCCUUCAACCAGGCCCUCUCCGUCGCCGAGUCUUACCACACCAAUAUCUACGACUAUCUCAAUGAGCACUUGAAAGAGAUGGCUGCGGACAGCAAGGCGCCCAGCAUCUCCUAUCUAGGCCGUCACUUUUUCUUCUACGGCGACCUGUUCGGCAACCGCUCCCCAAUAUCUGACCCAAACAUGUCCGGCUCCAUCAUCGGCCUGUCAAGCGAUAAAUCUGUCAGCGGUCUCGCGCUCUACUACUACGCAACACUCGAAUUCAUCGCACUGCAGACGAAACAGAUCAUCGACACAAUGAAUAAAGCCGGUCAUAACAUCACCUCCAUCUUCAUGUCCGGCUCACAGUGCCAGAAUGACAUUUUGAUGAAGCUGAUCGCGUCGGCGUGCAGGAUGCCCGUGCUGAUCCCACGCUACGUGCACGCUGCUGUGUGUCAUGGGGCGGCGAUGUUGGGGGCCAAAGCGGCCAGUGCAGAUGAGAAUGGGAAGACGGAGGAUUUGUGGGAUAUCAUGGAUCGUAUGAGCAAGCCGGGGAAGAUGGUAGAGCCGACUACGGAUGAGUAUGAGAAGAAGCUGUUGGAGGUCAAGUAUGAGGUGUUUUUGGAGCAGUGUUUUAAGCAGCAGGAGUAUCGGAAGGAUGUGGAUGCGGCGAUUGAGGGGUGGGGGAAGAAGGGAGCUGUUCCCUUGUGA